UGGCCUGCCCACUUUGUACUGAGGUUUUGGUCUUACUUCUCGCCUCAUUGACCCAAUCGACUCACCUUUGACAACAUUUCCAACAGAGUGUUGAGUCCUCCCAUCAAAUAACAAUUUCGCCUACAUCAUGGCGGUCUCCGUCAGUACAGUCAACGACGUUCCGGCCGCGCCGAGGGAACGCGGCAUCGAGAACGUCGGACGGCAUUCUGAUCAACAAGAACAACGUAUCGAACCUGUCCCUAGGGAAGAUUUCCCCCACCAACGAUACCCGCGCUGGAUCGGCCACAAAUUCGAGCCUGACGGCUGUUUGCUCCCAUUUCCUGGACAUACAAUCAUUUGCCAUCUACCUCAAAACAGCUCGUUGUAUCAUGAGUUGCUAUCACUCCAUGACAAACUGCGGCGACAGGACUUUGCCUCAUGUUAUGUCCUCUUGCCACCAUCAAGCUGGCAUAUGACUGUGUAUGAAGGCGUCUCGGACCAAAUACGCAAGCGCAAGUGCUGGCCAGGAGAAUCCGCACUCGACGCAACCCUGGAAAGUUGCACAACACUGGUUAGGGAGAAGCUUGCAAGCUUUGACCUGGGAAGCGAGCCACCAUUUCGGAUGACAAUAGCUGGAUGCGAGCCACUGGAAGAUGGUAUAGCCUUGAAGGUCGUGCCAGCAAACCUCGAUGAGGAAAGAAGACUUCGCGGCCUUCGUGACCGAUUAUCGAAACUUCUUCUCAUGCGCCACCCGGGCCAUGACACCUACUCCUUCCAUGUUAGCCUAGCAUAUAUGUUGCGUUUCCUUGGUCAGAAGGAUCAUGAGGCUAUUUCCGCCUAUUUGCAAAACCACCUAGACAAGCUGCCAAAGGUGUUCGAGCUUGAGGCUCCCGAGUUUUGUAUCUUUGACGAUCUGUUCGCUUUCCAACGGGAGCUGUAUUGAGAAAGCAGAGCUAGAGGACCGCAGCUUGAGGGGGCUCAUCACAUGGACAAUAGCUGCCAAGAGCACAGAAAGCUUCACGAUAUAUUCCCGGUCAAUCCUGCAGAAGCAAGAUCCGGGACGCAGCUGGUCCCCAAAGUAAACCCACUUGGUUCCGUCCUUUCUGCAUAAUGAAGUAUACGGGUGUGACAGCGCUCCGUGAGGAGAAGGGGCUUCCGGAUUGUGGUAAUUGUAUAAUAAUGCUAAGUGCUAAAAUGGUUCAAUGUAUAUCGUCAUCGUACCUGUUGGUACCUGCCAAUCAGCGGAGGGGUAACAAGCACGCGCGACCUCAGGAACAUCCUUCCAA